UGGGCAGAAAAUGGGUUUUUCUUUCCAACUCUGAAGCAAAUCCCCGUGUCAAACCAGGGGCUGAGCCGAAAUCCUAAAGGUCAGGGCGGCAUUCCUCUGGUCCUUGUUGGUACAGCAUGUCUCCACUGCCCAACCAGCUGGACCCGGGCUCCUGGGGACUUAAGUGUGGAACUUUGUGUAGAAGAGAGAGUAUCAUGGUGGCCUUCAAAGGGGUCUGGACUCAAGCUUUCUGGAAGGCAGUCACAGCGGAAUUUCUGGCUAUGCUUAUUUUUGUCCUGCUCAGCCUGGGAUCCACCAUCAACUGGGGUGGAGCAGAAAAGCCCUUACCGGUCGACAUGGUUCUCAUCUCCCUCUGCUUCGGACUCAGCAUCGCAACUAUGGUCCAGUGCUUUGGCCACAUCAGUGGUGGCCACAUCAACCCCGCCGUGACGGUGGCCAUGGUGUGCACGAGGAGGAUUAGCAUUGCCAAGUCCAUCUUCUACAUCACAGCCCAGUGCCUGGGUGCCAUCAUUGGAGCCGGGAUUCUCUAUCUGGUCACGCCUCCCAGUGUGGUGGGAGGCCUGGGAGUCACAACGGUUCAUGGAAAUCUUAGCGCUGGUCACGGUCUCCUGGUGGAGUUGAUAAUCACAUUUCAGUUGGUGUUUACUAUUUUUGCCAGCUGUGAUUCCAAACGGACUGAUGUCACUGGUUCCAUAGCUUUAGCAAUUGGAUUCUCUGUUGCAAUUGGACAUUUAUUUGCAAUCAAUUACACUGGUGCCAGCAUGAACCCCGCCCGAUCCUUUGGACCUGCCGUUAUCAUGGGAAAUUGGGAAAACCACUGGAUAUAUUGGGUUGGACCAAUAAUAGGAGCUGUCCUCGCUGGUGGCCUUUAUGAGUAUGUCUUUUGUCCAGAUGUUGAACUCAAACGUCGUUUUAAAGAAGCCUUCAACAAAGCUGCCCAGCAAACAAAAGGGAGCUACAUGGAGGUGGAGGACAACAGGAGCCAGGUAGAGACCGAUGACUUGAUUCUAAAACCUGGAGUGGUGCACGUGAUCGACAUUGACCGGGGUGAGGAAAAGAAGGGGAAAGACCCAUCCGGAGAGGUGUUGUCUUCAGUAUGACUAGAAGCUAGCACUGAAAGCAGACAAGAGCCCUUAGAACGGUCCUCAGAUUUUCUUCCGCCCAUUAAGGAAACAGAUUUGUUAUAAAUUAGACAUGUGCAGGUUUGUUGUUUCAUGUCAUAUUACUCAGUCUAGACAGUAAAUAUUUCAUUAUUUACCAAGGAGGAAUGAAAGAAACCUAUCAUGAAUUUCAAAUCUAAAAAAAAAAAAAAAUCUUUUUGAAGUAUCCCCAAAGCCAAUGUGUAUCUCAUUUAUCUAUUUGCUAUUUAUUAAUAAUCAAUUUAAAAUGUGUAUCAAGAUUUUAUUAAGGCUUGCCUGACAACUUACAGACAUACCUAUCAGCUUACUCCUCCUCUCCCACGAAACCAGUAUUGUCAAUCCUCAUUUGAGUAUUUAUUCUGUUAAAUCAAGUUAAUCAAUGGCAAAACACAGAGUAUGUCAUAGAGUCAUGCACAUUCAAGAGAGCAAAUACAACAAGCUCUUUUAUAACCAGCUCCCCUAGGUUAAACUACCUCGGCAAAAGAAUAUUAACAAGAGUCAUUGCUAGUGAAUUGUUUUCAUUUAUAUUUCAAAUAUCCAACUUUCAACCCAAACUCCAAUUCAUAAUAUUCCUUCCUCCUCCUCACUGCCCAAGGUAAUAUGGAACUAAAGCCCAGAAAUUCAAAGAAUGUUCAGAAAUCCUAUAUGUGUUCCACCUAAUAAAACAUCCACAUCAUAAGGCACCUAUUGAGAUUCAGGACAAACAGACUUGUAAGAUCUUAUGGGGGUGGGUGGAAAUUUACCAUCAUACAAAAAUCAUAAGGAAAAAGGAAAUCUGCAUGCUGGUUUCAAAUAGUUGAUCUGUUUUCAGUGCACAUCCUCAAAUACACCGCAUGAGGUUAACAAUCUAAGCUUUUAACCACUUAACCAUUUUGCUUAUUUUUUUAAUUUAUUGGCAAAACUGGGGGUUUUGUUUGUUUGUCAUUUUGGUUAACUAUAUUUAAACAUUAGCUGAGACAUAUUUUUGAUAGCAAGAACAUAACUAGUUGAGUCCUGACUUUUUGUUAAUUAUUAAGCUCUGCUCGUUCUAGAAGGUGUAAACUGGCCCUGCCAGUCCCAAUCAUUGCUACUCUCCCACUUUUCAUGACACUUGUUGAUAAUCUUCAUUGUGUGCGUCAAUAUUUUAAUGAAUUAAAAUGCAUGAGAGACAAGGAACGACAUGACCGCAAAGUAAAAGGGCUGGGGCAUCAAAACGCUCUGUAUUCAAAGCUGACUAGAUGACCAAUCUUUCAUUUGUAGAGAUACUGUAGGUUUUUUUAAGCAUUUUCAUUACUGACUCAUUUAUUUGUCAAAAUAACUUGUUUUUUUCAUAUACUGCUUUGCCUUCUGUCAGUAAAAUGGUCUCUGGAAA